GAAUUUACAUACGUUCAUAGUCGUAGCACUCGACUCCUUAGAUAUCGAAAAUCCGUAAUGAGACUGUAACAGUGAUAUUCCUGUCGACAUUGACGGAUUGGAAGUUCACAAAUAAACAGUACACGGCAUUGGGAGAUUGGGAAAGUGUAAUACGAUACCAAAAACAUGAUGGAAUGCGAAAGGAUGCCAUACUCAAUGACAAUGUCUCGCCAUGUCAUUCCCUCAUCUAGUAAGAUCUUCGCAAUUUUACUGUUAUGGGGGACGAUUCUUGGCGUUAAUACACUGCAGAAUACAUCCACAGAGGCUCUACAAUCGACUGUUUCGAAGAAUAGCACAGCUCGCCCGCCAACAGUAUCGUGUGAUUACUAUGGAUCGUCUUGUGAAAAUUGCUCUCACAACAAGCACUGUGCUUGGUGUUUCUCGGAGAAAUCCUGCAAACCUGUGAAAUUGCGAGAAAGACGGAAGACGUGCAAAGAUGACGACUGGUAUUACGGGGAUUGCGAUAAGCCGAUAAAAGAAGAGAUUUUGAUCUAUGUCCUACUCUGUUCUGCAGUAUUUCUUCUGCUUGUUGUUAUUUUGCUGGUAAUGUACAUUUUCUUAUGCAAGGUGAAACGUAAUAACGAUUAUGAACCAGUAAACACAGACGAAAAGAAGAAGAAACGAAAGCGGACGCCGUUAAUGUCGAAGAAGAUCAAACCGUCAGGAUCUAGAACAGAAGAGCUUAAAAAGAAGUAUCAGCUUGAUCGUUGAUGCUUCUCUUCGUGAAGGAAAUCAGCUGAACCAUUUCCAGUUAAAUCUUUGAGUGACAAGAAAUCAUAAAACAUCCUGCAGCUUUGAUUGUCGUAGCAUUUUAUACAAUUUCAUGAUGGAAAUGGUCUACAGCGUGUGACUUAACGCUAUUUUUAACGUUAUGCUACAAGAUGAUCAUAUGAAAUAACCUGUUUAUUAAAUGUAAAUUGUUUGCGAAGAA